AUGGAGAUUUGUGUAGUACAGGUAUACACCAUUCUUAAAUUCGUAAAGAUCGUACUCGAUUUCAGGAUAUUUUCUUUCCUCUCUGUAGUUGACUGUUCUGGUGCCAACCCAUGUCUGAACGGAGGUACCUGUGAUACCGAUGCAUGUACAUGUGCUGCGGGAUUCAAUGGAGCUUUGUGUAAUACAGUUGACUGUUCUGGUGCCAACCCAUGUCUGAACGGAGGUACCUGUGAUACCGAUGCAUGUACAUGUGCUGCGGGAUUCAAUGGAGCUUUGUGUAAUACAGUUGACUGUUCUGGUGCCAACCCAUGUCUGAACGGAGGUACCUGUGAUACCGAUGCAUGUACAUGUGCUGCGGGAAUUAAUGGAGCUUUGUGUAAUAUAGUUAAACCGACGGCCACCACCAAAUCUGCAGGCUAUUUCUCCGUUGCUAAGGACAACAAGGGACGCCCUCUUAUUGGCCACUGUCUAACUGAUCACGUAAUAAAGACAGUGCCAGCGAAAACCAUGCUCCGUUGCGCCGCAGAAUGCAUUCAGGAAGUUGGUUGCAAGUCCAUCAAUUACAAAGACGGAGUAUGCGAGCUGAAUGAAGAAACAAGGGCGAGCGCUCUUUCUAGCUACUUCUCCCAAAAUGAUGGAUGUAGUUACUAUGAGCUUAUAUGACAAAGGAAUAGAGAGCUAGCACUGUGUGACGAAGUCGAAGUUCUAUAAUGUCUUUUUUGUUUAAAUUUGUUUUGUUUUUACAAUAUCGUUUUACAGUCGCACAGAAUAAACAAAAUUAUAUCAUAGAAAUUUACCUGCAUGAGCGAUAUAAGCACACUUUCAUUUCUAAUGAUACUUUUUUGAAGCUGUAUUUGAGACAUGUAAACGUUAUUUAUCUAUACAAAAUUUCCCGAUUCACUCAUCCUAUUGCAAUGAGCAAGUUCUACUUGUUGAUAUCGCUGCCUCUUAAUUUUCCCAUUUCGGUCAAUAUUUAUUAUUAAACUUUCACGUGAUCAACUUUAGAUUAUGAUAGAGGAUUUGAAUUUGUGUGUCCUCUGUUAUAUUCGCAUUUUAAUGAUUCCAUGGUACUUUAACGAAAACGUUGAACAAUGAUUUUACUUGUAUUUUUCUCGUCUACAUUUGACUAAAAGUUUCAAUUGAUUUUUUGUUCUCGGAAUUUUUCAGUAUUUUUUGUUGU